GAAAAUUUGGAAAAACAACUCGAUAAAAAGUAGCACAACUCACAUUUAAUGGCCGUAAGGCCAUUCGUGCUCAUCGCUCUUCGCCAGCACCUCUCUUCCUCCGCCUUCUUUCUGCCCCGCCGCGCGGCCUCCGGAACUCCACUUGUCGUCGCGCAACACCACUGUCAACAAAUCAAGCUCUACCGACAAAAGGAACAGCCGAAGACGCCGCUUUUACAGCCGGAGACCGAAUUUUCCUCCACCCGCCGCCCCUCCGUCGUGUCCCUGCCUGAAUCCAUGGCUCAGAGGAUCGGCAAAGCCAUUCGACGUUCCGGCGCCCCGUCGAAGGCGCGGGCCUACCCCGACGUCAAUGUCAUACGCCCUAAGGAAUAUUGGGACUACGAGUCACUCACCGUUCAAUGGGGGGAGCAGGAUGAUUAUGAGGUGGUGAGGAAGGUGGGUAGGGGAAAAUACAGCGAGGUUUUCGAAGGCGUUCACACGACGGACAAUGAGAAGUGCAUUAUCAAGAUUCUAAAACCUGUGAAGAAGAAAAAGAUCAGGAGGGAGGUUAAGAUUUUGCAGAAUCUUUGUGGCGGGCCAAAUAUUGUGAAGUUGCUUGAUAUCGCCUUAGACUACUGCCAUUCUCAAGGUAUCAUGCAUAGAGAUGUGAAGCCCCACAAUAUCGCAAUAGAUCACGAGCAGCGUAAACUUCGCCUGAUAGAUUGGGGGCUUGCGGAAUUCUAUCAUCCUGGAAAAGAGUAUAAUGUUCGAGUAGCUUCAAGAUAUUUUAAGGGCCCUGAACUUCUCGUGGAUUUGCAAGAUUAUGAUUACUCCUUGGACUUGUGGAGCCUGGGAUGUAUGUUUGCUGGAAUGAUAUUUCGCAAGGAGCCUUUCUUCUAUGGGCAUGAUAAUUACGAUCAACUAGUCAAGAUUGCAAAGAUACUGGGGACAGAUGAAUUAAAUGCUUAUUUGAACAAGUACCGCUUGGAACUGGAUCAACAUCUCUCUGCCCUUGUUGGAAGGCAUAGUAGAAAGCCAUGGACAAAGUUCAUUAAUGCUGAUAAUCAACAUUUAGCUGUUCCUGAGGCCGUUGAUUUUCUCGACAAAUUGUUGCGAUAUGACCAUCAAGAAAGGCCAACUGCAAAGGAAGCAAUGGCCCAUCCUUAUUUCUACCCAAUAAGGAAUGCAGAAAAUCGCCGUGCUCGUGGUCAAUAAUGAUGAUAACUCCACGCCUUCAAAUUUUGUCGUCAAAAACUUCGCGCGCUCUAUGUUGUGCUUUUUUACUCUUCAUUUAUGCAAUAGAUUGAGUUUUUGUUUGUACUUACAAUCCGAUUCGUGCAAUUACUGUAAACUUUAAAUCGCGUAAACAUUUUACCGUGUGUGAUUAUAGAAAGCAAAGAUUGAGAACCUCAUCAUUUUCUUUUUCAAGUUACUUUUUAGCCAUUGCUUAAUGGGCCGGCCGGCCCGUAGCCUGCCAAAACCCAUCUUUUGGCGGGGCUGAGAGUGCCUUCUAAAAUCAGCCCAGCCCGAACCUGUUGUGGC